AUGCGGAUUGCGGAGCAAGAACAUUCGGCAAUCUUCUUUCCCAGUCCCCCCACCCCACCAAUUCAGAACUUCCAGAAAUGCUACCUUUUAACUUUGAAGGACGGAGGAGAGAUGCCUCAACUUCACUCCAGAGUAGCCUCCAUUCUCCACCGCCCUCGCACCCACCACCACCACCUCCUCCGCCUGGUUCCCAUUUUCAACGCCUCCAAAACCACCGCUUUUUUACCUCAGAGAAUCGCCAGAGUCACCAUGUCUUCCACCUCAACGCCGUAUCAAGAUUCAAUUUACCAGAAAGAAGAGAAAGACGAAGAAUCUAUUGCGCAAGCCUUGAAAUACCAUAAUCAGACGAAGCAUAACUUCACCAAUUAUGCCCGCGGCCCUCGUGGGCUUGACUGGGCUAAUCAGCCCAACCCUUUUCGCCGUUACGUCUCUGCUCCACUGCUUCAACUCCUACAUCCGAAUUCGGAAAAUUUUGAUGUUCCUCCUCUCUAUCAUGAGGUUUUCAAUUCUUUACCCUCUCCGAAGCCCAUUUCUAAGUCCACAAUAUCUCAACUGUUUUAUUAUUCCUUAGCUUUAUCGGCUUGGAAAAGUACUGGGUUCUCCACUUGGUCCCUUCGAGUUAACCCCAGCAGCGGGAAUCUUCAUCCCACUGAGGCUUAUAUCGUUGCUCCGCCGAUUGAUUCUCUUAUUGAUCAUCCGUUUGUUGGUCAUUAUGCUCCAAAGGAGCAUGGUUUGGAAAUCAGAGCUCAAAUUCCUUCUGGGUUUUUUGGGGAAGUUUUGCCUAGAAACUCUUUUCUUAUUGGACUUUCGUCUAUAUUUUGGAGGGAAGCUUGGAAAUAUGGUGAGAGGGCAUUUAGGUAUUGCAACCAUGACGUGGGGCACGCCAUUGGUGCAGUUUCAAUGGCUGCCGCAGGGCUUGGGUGGGAGGUUAAAAUUUUAGAUGGGCUAGGAUAUGGUGAACUUGAGAAACUAAUGGGACUCCAUGUCUUUCCAGAAUUUAGGAUUCCCUCAAGGCCAGUUAAAGGGGAAAUGCCUGAAAUUGAAUUUGAGCAUCCCGAUUGUGUGCUUCUGGUUUAUCCUAGUGGAAUGGUUGAUUUUGAAGUGGAUUAUAAGGAGCUAAGUUCAGCUAUAUCUGAGUUUCUUAAGUUGGAGUGGAAAGGGAAGCCUAAUUUGCUCAGUAAAGAACAUGUAUGUUGGGACAUUAUCUACAGGACUGCUGAGGCUGCUAUAAAGCCUUUGAAAAUGCUAAAGGAAUCAAUCGCCCAUCCAUAUCAGAGCAGUGAGUUAAUUAACGAGAACUCUUACAAAGGUUUAACUUUAUGGGAAGUGGUUAGGAAGCGUAGGAGUGCAGUAGAUAUGGAUGGUACUACCACAAUGGCUAGAGAGACUUUCUUUCAGAUUUUAUUGCAUUGUAUGCCUACAGCUGUAAAGAGAGGAGGGAAACAAAGUAAACAAGUUACAUUGCCAUUUAGGGCGCUCUCAUGGGAUGCUGAAGUGCACGCUGUUCUAUUUGUUCAUAGAGUCCUGGGGUUGCCUAAAGGGUUGUACUUUUUGGCAAGAAAUGAAGAGCAUUUGGACGAGUUGAGGAAAUCUACCAGGCCUGAAUUUACAUGGGUUAAACCAGAUGGUUGUCCCAAUGACCUUCCUCUGUAUGAGCUGGCAAAGGGUGAUUUUAAGGAGCUGUCAAAAAGGCUCUCAUGUCAUCAGGAUAUUGCUGGUGAUGGCUGCUUCAGCUUAGGUAUGGUGGCUCAUUUUCAGCCCACGCUGAAUGACAAGGGUGCAUGGAUGUAUCCUCGGUUGUUCUGGGAGACUGGAGUACUUGGUCAGGUCCUCUACCUUGAAGCACAUGCAGUUGGGAUUUCUGCUACUGGAAUUGGAUGCUUCUUUGAUGACCCUGUUCAUGAAGUUCUGGGAUUGAGAGGAACAAAGUUUCAAAGCCUGUAUCAUUUUACCGUUGGAGGCCCUGUUAUUGACAAGCGUAUCAUGAGCUUACCAGCAUAUCCUGGGCCUAGCAUUGAUGCAUAA